CGUCAGUUUGCAGAACUAGCUCUGCCCUGUCUCCCUCAGUGUCUCCGAAACUCCACUCAGUCACAUAUUGUGGGGAAUAGAUGGGCUCCGCUCCGCCACUUGUGCGUCCGGAUCUCACGGAGUGAAUGAAAUGCUUCCUUCUGCACAUUUAAAGUGGACUAAAACAUCUACACGAUGAACACCUGCGCCUUUCUGCUGAUUUUGUCUGUUCAGAUCUACGCCGAUGGCAUCGAGGGGCCAACAGCGGCCGGCUGUACGUUCGAAGAGGAUUCAGACCCUAAUCUGUGUGACUUCACCCAGGGCGAGGAGGAUGACUUUGACUGGCUGUUGUUUCGGACGUACAGUCCCUCUGCCAGCUCUGACCUUCUGAAGGGGUCCUACAUGUUGGUGAACUCUUCCCAGCAUGCUGUGGGUCACCGCGCUCAGAUGCUCCUGCAGACGCUGAGCGAAAACGACACCCACUGCGUCCAGUUCAGCUACUUCCUGUACAGUCGUGACGGCCACAGCCCCGGGGCUCUGCGGGCGUACGUUCGAGUCAACGGCGGUCCGCUCGGUAGCCCGGUAUGGAACACAUCUGGGUCUCACGGCAAACAGUGGCACCAGGUUGAUCUGGCUGUCAGCACCUUCUGGCCCAAUGAAUACCAGGUGCUGAUUGAGGCGACAGUUUCCAGGGAGCGGCGAGGAUACAUCGCCAUAGAUGACAUCAUGGUGCUCAACUAUCCCUGCUAUAAGGCGCCACACUUCUCCAGGCUGGGAGAUGAGGAGGUCAAUGCUGGGCAAAAUGCCACUUUCCAGUGUGUUGCUGCUGGAAGGGCAUCAGAGGCAGAGAAGUUCCUGUUGGAGAGACACAAUGGGGACAUUUUAACAAUGGCAUCGGUCAAGCACCUGAGUCAUCGACGCUUCGUGGUGUCAUUCCAGCUCGACAGCGUGCAGCGAGCCGAUCAAGACCUUUAUCGCUGCGUCACACAGUCCCCCAGGGGCUCCGGGGUCUCAAACUUUGCCGAACUUGUCGUCAAAGUACCGCCAUCCCCCAUCGCGCCGCCCCAGCUGCUGCGUGCCGGCUCCACUUACCUGAUCAUCCAGCUCAACACCAACUCUAUCCUGGGAGAUGGCCCCAUUAUCAGGAAGGAGAUUGAGUACCGCGCCAGCCAGUCUCCGUGGUCAGAGGUGCAUGGAGUCAACAUGGUCACCUACAAGCUGUGGCACCUGGAUCCGGACACGGAGUACCACAUCAGUGUGCUGCUGACUCGGCCUGGAGAGGGAGGAACCGGCCCUCCCGGUCCUCCUCUGGUGAGCAGGACCAAGUGUGCAGAACCCAUGCGCGCAUUGCGAGGCCUCCUAGCGACAGAUAUCCAGUCCCGGCAGUUGUCCCUGCAGUGGGAGAAUUUGGCGUUCAACCUGACACGCUGCCACACCUACUCAGUGUCCCUGUGCUACCGCUACACCAUGGCGGGAGGAGGCGGAGGCCACAACACCACCGUGCGCGAGUGCCUGGCGGUGGAACACAAUGCCUCACGCUUCACGCUGCGUGAUCUGCCACCCUACCAUGGCAUCCAUGUCCGUCUGUCACUGGCAAACCCAGAGGGGAAGAAAGAGGGCAGAGAGGUCACCUUUCAGACCGAGGAGGACAUACCCGGAGGCAUUGCACCGGAGUCACUCACCUUCACCCCGCUGGAUGACAUGAUCUUCCUGAAGUGGGAGGAGCCUGUUGAGCCCAACGGCCUUAUUACACAGUAUGAGAUCAGUUACCAGAGUAUCGAGUCGUCUGAUCCGGGCAUCAACGUCCCAGGACCCAGAAGAACAGUGUCUAAGCUCAAGAACGAGACGUACCACAUGUUCUCCAACCUCCACCCCGGGACGACUUACCUGAUCUCUGUGCGAGCACGAACAGCAAAGGGCUUCGGCCAAACUGCUCUCACAGAAAUCACCACUAACAUCUCAGCUCCUACGUUUGAUUAUGGAGACAUGCCGUCCCCCCUGAGCGAGACGGAGAGCACAAUUACUGUCCUGCUGCGACCUGCCCAAGGCAGAGGAGCACCUGUCAGCACGUACCAGGUGGUGGUCGAGGAGGAAACUGGCAAGAAAGUGAAGCGGGAGCUGGGGCUUCAGGAGUGUUUCCCUUUGCCCAUGUCUCACGGCGAGGCCCAGGCCCGAGGCACACCACAUUACUACACCGCCGAGCUGCCACCCAGCAGCCUGCCAGAGGCCAGUCCCUUCACCGUGGGCGACAAUCACACUUACAACGGCUACUGGAACAGUCCUCUGGACCCCCGCAAGAGCUACCUCGUCUACUUCCAGGCUAUGAGCAACUUCCGAGGGGAAUCCAGAAUAAACUGCAUUCGCAUUGCUCGCAAAGCGGCCUGCAAAGAUCACCGCAAAGCUCUGGAGGUGUCCCAGCACUCUGAGGAGAUGGGGCUGAUUCUCGGCGUGUGCGCUGGAGGUCUGGUGGUCCUCAUCCUCCUGCUGGGUGCCGUCAUCAUCAUCAUUAAGAAAGGAAGGGACUACUACUCUUAUUAUCCGAAACCGGUGAACAUGAAUAAGACACCCAUUACCUACCGACAAGAGAAGAGCCACAUGGGCUCCAUGGAGCGCAGUUUCACAGAUCAGAGCACCCUACAGGAGGAUGAAAGAAUGGCGCUUUCCUUCAUGGAUGCACAUACUUGUGGCACACGAGGUGACGCUCGUAGUUCGGUGAAUGAGGCCAGCAGCCUGCUGGGAGGCUCCCCGAGGCACCAGUGUGGACGGAAAGGCUCGCCCUACCACACCGGACAGCUGCACCCCGCCGUCCGAGUGGCCGACCUCCUGCAGCACAUCAACCAGAUGAAGACCGCCGAGGGCUACGGCUUCAAACAGGAAUACGAGAGCUUCUUUGAUGGCUGGGACUGCACGAAGAAGAAGGACAAAACCAAAGGAAGGCAUGACACCUUGCUGGGAUAUGACCGCCACAGAGUGAAGCUCCACCCUCUCCUGGGAGACCCCAACUCAGACUACAUUAACGCAAACUACAUCGACAUUCGGAUUAACAGGGAAGGCUACCAUCGAUCCAACCACUUCAUCGCCACUCAGGGACCCAAGCAGGAGACUCUGUAUGAUUUUUGGAGGAUGGUGUGGCAGGAAAAUUGUUUCAGCAUCGUCAUGAUCACUAAGCUGGUAGAGGUUGGCAGGGUGAAAUGCUGUAAAUACUGGCCUGAUGACAGCGAAAUGUACGGUGACAUCAAGAUCACUCUGCUCAAGACAGAGACUCUCGCUGAAUACACAGUUCGCACCUUCGCCUUGGAGAGGAGAGGAUAUUCAACCAAACACGAAGUGCGUCAGUUCCACUUCACAUCCUGGCCUGAACAUGGGGUGCCCUAUCAUGCUACUGGACUGCUGGCUUUUAUACGAAGAGUGAAAGCCUCGACGCCUCCUGACGCUGGCCCCGUGGUGGUCCACUGCAGUGCUGGAGCGGGUCGUACCGGCUGCUACAUCGUGCUGGAUGUUAUGUUGGACAUGGCCGAGUGCGAAGGUGUGGUGGACAUCUACAACUGCGUCAAAACACUCUGCUCUCGACGCAUCAACAUGAUCCAGACAGAGGAGCAGUAUAUCUUCAUCCAUGAUGCCAUUCUGGAGGCCUGUCUUUGUGGAGAGACGGCCAUCUUGGUGAACGAGUUUGCAGUCACUUACAAAGAGAUGCUGCGAGUGGAUUCCCAGAGUAAUUCCUCUCAGCUGCGGGAGGAGUUUCAGACGCUCAACUCCGUGACUCCCCAUCUGGAUGUGGAAGAAUGCAGCAUUGCUCUGCUGCCCAGAAACCGGGAGAAGAACCGCAGCAUGGACGUUCUGCCGCCCGAUCGCGCCCUGGCCUUCUUGGUUACGACCGAAGGGGAGAGCAACAAUUACAUCAACGCUGCUCUCGCCGACAGCUUCCACCGGCAGGCUGCGUUCAUUGUGACCCCUCACCCUCUGCCAGGCACCACGGCCGAUUUUUGGAGGCUGGUUUUCGACUACGGCUGCACGGCAGUGGUCAUGCUCAACCAGCUCAACCAGUCAAACUCUGCCUGGCCAUGUGUUCAGUACUGGCCGGAGCCUGGUUUACAGCAGUACGGACCCAUGGAAGUGGAGUUCCUGUCCAUGUCAGCAGAUGAAGACGUCAUUACUCGCCUGUUUCGGGUCAAGAAUGUCACAAGGCUCCAAGAGGGCCAGCUGGUGGUGUGUCAGUUCCAGUUCCUGCGCUGGUCGGCGUAUCGCGACGUUCCUGACUCCAAGAAGGCUUUCCUCAACCUGCUGGCUCAAGUGCACAAGUGGCAACGGGAGUGUGGAGAAGGACGCACUGUUGUGCACUGCCUGUGAGUAAUCGCUCAGAAGCAUGCAUCAUGU